AUGCAACAGGACUCGCGACUCGAGGAGUUGGAGCGAGCUCAUGAUGCAGCAGCAAAAAGCUGCGUAUGUCCGAAUAUCCGUUUCAGAUCAUCCCGAGUCAAAUCCACGGCAUGUGAAGACCAGCUUGAUUCUUCUAACAACCAUUUUCAGGCCGAAGAAUUUUCCAACAAUCAUAACCGAAACGAGAACAAAAUGAAGGUGAAACUUGGGCAACAAAAGGACCAAGAUGGAGAUGCUGUUUGUGAAGAGGACAUGGGGGUCUCCUUAAGUAUUGAAAUUCGUAAGUUAAUGUUAUUAUUUGCUGUAGAAACAGCCGUCGUACAGUAUUCAGAUGCUCUCACACGAGGGUUCUCAUUUUCUAAAUAA